AUGCCAGCCUGGUUCGGCGGAUCACAUGUGGUCGUUGGCCCGCGCAUCGGCCGCGUGCUCGACAGCGCCUUCGAGGGCGGAUCCGACACUGAAGAAAACAGCAGCGCCGCAGUCAUCCUGGACAAGCAGAUCGCCCUCGAACAUGGCCACGCCAUACAGUACCGCACCUGCAGCUGGCAAAAGACGGCAGCAUUGCUGUUCUCCGAGUACAUCUGCUUGGCCAUCAUGAGCUUUCCCUGGUCGUAUAGUGUGCUUGGGUUGGUUCCUGGGCUCAUCUUGACUUUUGUGGUUGCCAUAAUCGUCCUGUACACCUCGCUCGUCCUCUGGGAGUUCUGCCUACGGCACCCCGAAGUCCGCGAUGUCUGCGACAUUGGACAGAUGCUGUUCUGGAACAAGACAUGGGCCUGGUAUGCCACAGCAGUCAUGUUCCUGCUCAACAACACUGCCCUGCACGUCUUAGUCGGCGCCAAGUACCUCAACACUAUGACGGACGCCGAUGACAACGUUGCGUGCCGCACCGUGAGCUUCAGCAUCGUCGUGACGCUCCUCUGCUGGGUGUGCUCGCUGCCGCGCACCUUUAGCAUGCUGUCCAAGAUCGGCACCGCCUCGGCCAUCUUCACCUUCGUCUCGGUGCUGCUGGCCACCGUGUUCGCCGGCGUGCAGACCCACCCGGCCGGCUACGACCUGCUGGCCAUCGGCGACCCCGUCGUCACCGCCCUCCCCGUCGUCAGUACCACCUUCGUCGCCGGCAUGAACGCCUUUCUCAACAUCUCGUACACCUUCAUCGGCCAGAUCACCCUGCCCAGCUUCAUCGCCGAGAUGAAGGACCCGAGAGACUUCCCCAAGGCGCUGUGGGCGUGCACGGCGGCCGAGAUGGCCGUGUUCAGCGUGGUCGGCGCCGUCGUGUACGCGUACACGGGCAACCAGUACGUGACGGCGCCGGCGUUUGGGUCGCUGGCCGACGGCGUGCACAAGAAGGUGGCCUUCAGCUUCAUGGUGCCGACGCUCGUCUUCCUCGGCGUGCUGUACGCGUCCGUGUCGGCCCGUUUCGUCUUUUUCCGGCUCUUCCGAAACACCCCCCGCCACAAGAACGAGCACACUCUCGUCGGCUGGGCCGCCUGGGCCGCGAUUUUGUUCGCGACGUGGAUCCUCGCGUUCAUCAUCGCCGAGGUCAUUCCGUUCUUUUCUUCGCUGCUAUCCCUGAUGUCGUCGCUGUUCGACAGCUUCUUCGGCUUCAUCUUCUGGGGCGUCGCCUACUUCCGCAUGCGCACGGCCGACGGGCGCAUGGCGUUCGUCAAGGACCGGUCCGUCUCGGGCUAUCUGCUGGGCGCCGUCAAUGUGCUCAUCAUCCUCACGGGCGUGUUUUUCCUCACCGUCGGCAGCUACGCGAGCGUUGAGGGCAUCAUCGACGAGUUCCGCGCCGGGACUGUCGGUAGCACUUUUACGUGCAAGACCAAUGGGCUUUGA